AUGAUGCAGAGCGAAAUCAAAGUCGGCCUGGGGAAGGCCCAGGUCAUCGAUAACGUGCCGAAAGUUAUCAAAGAGUUGAAAUUUGGCGCAUUAUCGGACAACGAUGUUAUCAGCCAAGCCGUCGUCGAAAUCUCGGAUAGACGGUUCUACGAUCUGGAGCGAGAUCGCGUCGUUCAAGAAAAUGGGCCCCUAGAUCGCAGACUCGGUAUUAGCGGUAAAAUGGAAACCUGUCUAACCUGCGGAUUGGGACACAAGGACUGCAACGGCCAUUUCGGACACGUGAAAUUAGUACUUCCGGCUUUUCAUAUUGGAUAUUUCAAGAGAGUUAUUGGCAUCUUGCAGGUUAUUUGCAAGGAAUGUUCGACGAUACUAUUGCCAGAGGCGGAGCGUCGCGCUUUCCUCAAAGAGAUGCGUCGGCCACGACUGGAUAAUCUGCGGCGUUUACAGAUUGCGAAGAGGGUCGUUGAACGCUGCAAGAAGACGCGAGAUUGUCCUCGGUGCGGUGCGGUUAAUGGUGUGGUGAAAAAGGCUGGUACAGCGGCGCUGAAAAUCGUGCACGAAAAGUUCCGCCACUUUAAUCAGUCGACUUCCGCGAAAAAGGUUCCGCCUAUCAGCAAAAUCGUGUUUGAUAAUUCGUUGGCAGAAGCUAGAGCUUCGAACCCGGAUGUCGACAGAUUUUACAAAAAAGCCCAAGAUGAUUUGCACGCGCUUCGGGUUAUGAAUCUGUUCAAGAAGAUUACGAAUGCGGACUGUGAGCUUUUGGGUCUUGAUCCUACAGAAGUCCGUCCAGAGACUUUUCUUUGGCAAUAUAUCCCUGCUCCGCCGAACUGUAUUCGUCCAUCGGUUAGCCAGGAUGGGGCGUCUAAUGAAGAUGAUUUGACCGCAAAACUUGGCGAUAUUGUGCAGAGCAACAUAACACUAAGAAACAACUUGAGAAAAGGAGCACCGGUGCCUACUCUGAUGGAAUGUUGGGACUACAUGACGCUACAAAUAGCCAUUUAUAUUAAUGGCGAUGUGCCUGGUCUGAAAGGCGAGGCUGGCAAACCCACUCGCUCGCUGGUUUCUCGUCUUAAAGGAAAGCAGGGUCGAUUCAGAGGCAACUUGUCAGGAAAGCGUGUCGACUUUUCUGGACGUACUGUCAUUUCGCCAGACCCUAAUCUUCGAAUUGACGAGGUCGCAGUUCCGGAGUUAGUCGCAAAGAACAUGACAUACCCAGAAAUCGUCACUCGUUACAACUUGGAAUAUUUGCAGAAAUUGGUACGCAAUGGUAUUAACAAAUGGCCCGGUGCGAAAAAGGUCAUCAAGAAGGAUAGUGGAUUGACUAUCUCGUUGAAACACUCGGCGAAGAGUUUGGACACAAUAUCGAAGCAGCUGCAGAUUGGAGAUCUGGUGGAACGCCAUCUUGUUGACGGUGAUAUUGCACUUUACAAUCGACAGCCUUCCCUUCACAAACUUAGUAUUCUUUCACAUUUUGUCAAGGUCCGUCCGUAUAGGACGUUUCGCAUGAAUGAGUGUGUCUGCAAUCCAUACAAUGCCGAUUUCGACGGUGACGAAAUGAACCUGCACAUUCCUCAAACUGAGGAGGCUCGUUCUGAAGCGAUGGAACUCAUGGGUGUGAAGAAUAAUCUGGUCACGCCAAAGAACGGAGAGCCCAUUAUUGGAGCUAUCCAGGAUUUCAUCAGUGCGGCAUAUGUAUUGAGUAGCAAGGACAAUUUCUUCGAUCGAAGAUCUUUUACACAAAUCUGUCUAUACAUGCUUGGACCAGAAACGCGAUUCGAUCUUCCGCCUCCGGCUAUUCUCAAGCCUCAGAUGAUGUGGACUGGAAAGCAAGUGUUUAACAUCCUUAUGCGUCCAAACAAAGAUGAUCCUGUAAAGGUCAAUAUCGAUGCCGCUUGUCGAGAGUUCAAGGCACCAAAGGAUGGGCAGCCAAAGGAUCUAGAUCCAAAUGACGGUUGGUUGGUCAUUCGAAACUCUGAAAUCAUGUGCGGUGUCAUGGACAAGAGCACUAUUGGUUCUGGAAAGAAAGACAACGUCUUCUAUAUUAUGUUAAGAGAUUUCGGUCCACCUGCUGCGGCUGAAGGAAUGAAUCGGCUGUCCAAGCUUUGCGCUCGCUGGUUUACUAAUGUUGGAUUCUCGAUUGGUAUCACAGAUGUAUAUCCAAGCGAGAGGCUGGUUCAGACGAAGAAUGAGCUAGUUGAGAGGGCCUAUGCUGCUUGUGACGAGGUUAUCGCCCAAUACAAGGCUGGAAAGCUCGAGAAGUUACCGGGUUGUGACGAGCUCCAGACUAUGGAGAGCCAAGUAUCUGGUAUUCUGUCCAAAGUUCGUCAACAAGCUGGUGAGGAAUGUAUUAAGCAACUCAGCAAAUACAACGCCCCUCUUAUCAUGGCCACGUCUGGAUCCAAGGGUUCCAGUAUCAACGUAUCACAGAUGGUUGCUGUUGUCGGUCAACAGAUUAUCAGCAGUGAGCGUGUGCAAGACGGUUUCCAGGACCGAACAUUGCCUCACUUCCCGAAAAAUGCCCGCCAUCCGCCUUCAAAGGGUUUCGUGCGGAACAGUUUCUUUUCUAGCUUGUCGCCUACGGAGUUCUUCUUCCACGCCAUGUCUGGUCGUGAAGGUUUGAUUGAUACUGCAGUCAAGACUGCCGAAACAGGUUACAUGUCUCGUCGUUUGAUGAAGUCUCUUGAAGAUUUGUCGGCCAAGUAUGACGGUACUAUUCGUACCUCAUCUGCCAGUAUUGUGCAGUUUAGCUACGGUGGAGAUGAUCUGGAUCCGGUGGACAUGGAAGGCAAAGCCAAGCCUGUUCACUUUGAUCGGACAUACAACCAUGCCAUGGCCGUUACACAUAAUAACAACGAGCGAGGUCUGCAGCCGUCAGAAAUCAGGGCUAUCACCGAGGAAUUACUGUCUGAGGAACGAAAGAGAUAUGUUCGCAAGGGUCUUUUCGGCGAAGAUCUUCCUUAUAAGGACGACAGCGACUACGGUACUGAUCAAUUAGAGAGUGCACGUGCCUUCCUUGACUCAAUCCAGGAGCAUAUUGAGAAAAAGGCAGUCGCUAUGGAAAAAGCAAUGGACAGCGCUCUUUCAGAUCAAGAAGCUCGAAUGGCUCUUGACCAUGUUGGAAAGCUGUCGGAGGGAUCAUUGAGAUAUUUCAUCAAGUCUUGUCUGUUCAAAUAUGAGAAGGCCAAGAUUGAGCCGGGACAUGCUGUGGGCGCUGUUGGAGCGCAGUCCAUUGGAGAGCCUGGUACUCAGAUGACCCUGAAAACUUUCCAUUUUGCUGGUGUCGGUAACUUGGCACUUACACAGGGUGUUCCCCGUAUUAAAGAAAUUAUCAACGCUUCGAAAGAAAUUAGUACUCCAGUCAUUACUUGUCACCUUGCCAUCCCGCAUGAACUUCACGCAGCGCGUAUCGCCAAGGGCAGAAUCGAAAAGACAUUUUUGCGUGAUAUUAUCCAUUACAUACGAGAGUCCUGGACAGACAAGGAAGGCUACAUUACAGUCAAACUCAACUGGGACACGAUCGAGAACCUACAGCUCGAAUUGUCCCUCAGACAGAUCAAGGAUGCCAUCACAAGUCACCGCCGCUUCAAGGGCAGCGAUCUUACGGUCGACGUUCUUCGGUCGCACAUCAAAAUCCGAGUGGACAUGGACCCGAGCAGCAAGGCAGGAUUGAGUAAGACUGAUAUUGCAGCGACUAGUGCAGACCCAUAUCUUCGGUUGAAGCAUCUCAAGCGUAUGCUGCCGGAUAUUCAAGUAUUGGGACAUCCGCAGGCCAGGCGUGCUAUUAUCCACUCUGAGCGCGGGCUUAAUAAGUUGCUCGUUGAAGGAUAUGGCCUACGAGCAUGUAUGAACACCGAUGGAGUUGAGGGAGUGAGGACAAAAACCAACAACGUCAUGGAAAUGCGGGCUGUGCUGGGUAUCGAGGCGGCGCGAGAGACGAUUAUCAAUGAAAUGGGUGAGGUCAUGAAGGAUAUGGACAUUGAUCCACGACACAUGCACCUUCUCGCAGAUAUCAUGACUACAAACGGCGAAGUUUUGGGGAUUACCCGUUUCGGUAUGGCCAAAAUGCGCGAUUCAGUUCUACAGCUUGCAUCCUUCGAGAAAACUGCCGAUCAUCUCUUCGACGCCGGCGGAACAGGUCGUACAGACCGCGUGGAGGGUGUAUCAGAGUGUAUUAUUAUGGGCAAGACCGUUUCCCUCGGUACGGGCGCGAUGGAAGUCGUGCGCAAACUCAACUUUUAUGAGGGCCAUACGGGGGCGAAGAAGACGGUGUUCGAGGAUGCGUGGUCUGAGGCCCAUCGUGAGACGAGGAGGAAAAAGCGGUAG